UUUAUUUUAUAUUUUUUUUCGAGUUUUGUGACUUCCGUUUGAUGCUGCUCUCUUCUCUCUGCAUUUACGGCUGCAGUUGCCCUUGGAAAGUCGAGAUGCUGUUGUGAUAAAUUGAGUGGUAAUGGAAUAGUAAUAAAUUAAUGGAAAGCUGCGCACCUUUUACGGAAAUGUGUGCGUUCGUUACAAUCACGAAUUGUGUGUGUGUGUGUGUGUGAGUGUGAGUGUGAAGCUCCCCGUGGUUCUAGCUAAUUUGUGGCUUCCUCGUGGAUUGCUGAUUGAGUGACAAUUGAAGUCAAGUGGAAUGAUUGAUUGAUUUGAUUUGAUUUGAUGUGAUUUGAUUGCUUUGAAGUGCGCGAUACGUGCGAUACAAUCACUUUAAUACAUUAUUGAUUGAUGGAUCAACGAAGAAUUUCGCAGCUUGGAAAUGCUGGAUUAUUUAAUAGCUAAUUGUGGCUGAUUUUGUGCUUUGUGGCGCUCGCGGUGGCCGAUGUAAAGCAUUUGACAGAUCGCAAUCUGGAUCUCUUCAAAUACAAUCCCAGCGAUAUUUACACGCUGCCCGAGGACAUCGAUGACGACAAGCCAGCGGUGCACUUCAGCGGCGAUGUAAUGAAGGCCAAGACCGAGAAGCUCGAAAACUACAAUGCGGGCAAAAAGUUCAAGCUCGAACUGAAGACACAGAACGGUAUUGAGGUGAGCAGCGUGGGCAAACUGAAGGACGACAAGACCUUUGUGGUCAGUGGAUCGUAUUCGUUCACCGGCGCCGAUGGCAAACGCUACAAGACUCGCUACACCGCCGAUGAGUUCGGUUAUCAUCCCAUCACCGAGCUGGAUCUCGAUAUUCCCGAACCUCAACCCUUGGCACCGGCCAACCAGCGUCCCACCGUCGAUCCCAGCAGCCUGUUGGGCAACAAGAAUCGCUUCCAGUUCCUGCAGCAGAGCCUCAAUCCCGAUCACGCCGCCAACGGACCGUUGCGUGGCAGCGGACAGAGCGGCGAUGAUUACAGCUACUCGGCCCCUGGACCUCAGUUGGAGUACAACAACAAUCCCUAUGGCAGUGACAACUCUGGUUUCGGUGGCAACUCUGCUGGAUUCGGAUCGGGCAAUCCUUUCGGUCCUGGCAGCUCUGCUUCUUCUUAUGCUUCUUCGGGUUCUUCUUCCGGCAACGGUUACGAUUAUCAGCCUCCCUCGCAGCCCCUGGAGACGCCUUCUCGUCUCUACUUGCCGGUGGCAUAAGCAGACACUUCCCUCCCCCGCCCCGCUCCCUGCAUUGUACCUACUCCUCCCCUCUCUGACCCUAAGCUUCAAGUAUUUAGUUUUAGGCGCAAGCUCAAGCGCGCAACAACAACAACAACAACAAGAACAACAGGCAAAAAACAUUAACAAAUAGCGAAAUUUUUUUUAUCAUCUUAUAGUGUUUAUAUUGUAUAUGUAUUCCUCAAAAACGUACAACAAAUUAUCCCACCCCACCCCACCCCUUCCAGCCCUGACCUCCCCGCCCUCAGCCUUCUGACCUACAAGAGAAAACACUACGCAAAUUGCCAGACAAAAAAUACGAAAAGACGCAACAUGAACUUGACCAUGAAUCUAUUGUAUAUGAAUAUAUAUAUGUAUAUACACUGAGUGAUAUUAGUAGUAAAUAAAAUGGCUAAACUAAAACA